CUUCUUCGUCGUCUUCCUCAGAAAUAAAGGGCCGGUUAGUUCGCUUCGCCCACUCCAAAGGAAACCCUAAUCUGCUAUUCCAGUUACCUCCGGCGAUCGAUCAUACGGCGGCCAGAGGUGCUUUAUUAUCGGUGGGGAAGGAGUGAUUCGUUACGCUAUCGGUUUCUGUCGGCGGUGUUCGCGGUGAAUCGGAGUUCAAUGAGGGUGGGAGAUCAGAUGUCAGAGGAGGAUCAUUUAGAGCUUAAGUUCCGACUGUACGAUGGAUCAGACAUCGGGCCGAUACGAUUUGCUUCUAGUUCUACGGUAGCUGUUGUUAAGGCGAGGAUCAUCGCGGACUGGCCAAAAGACAAAAAACUCAUACCUAAGUCAGCUAGUGACAUAAAGCUAAUAAGUGCGGGAAAAAUUCUGGAGAACCACAAGACAAUUUUACAAUGUAGACCAUCAUUUGGUGAGCUCCCUGGAGGAGUAAUCACCAUGCAUGUUGUGGUGCAGCCAUCAUUAGGUAAAUCAAAGACAGAGAAGAAGGUGGAAGACAUGCCGAAGAAAUCUAGCUGUUCCUGCUCUAUUUUGUAAUUUAAAAUGGAUAGAGAUAUCCAUCUCGGUUCUAACCGUUCCUUCAUCCAGCUACUAUUAUUCAGUUUGACAGCAAAAGGGAAAGGCAUUAAGAAAGAACACAUCUGCAGAUUGUAAGUCGAUUAGGCAUGAGAGAGAGUUUGUAAUCUUAAUAGCCUGCUGUUGCAAAACUCUGCGUAAACUGGUAAAAUAGAUUAUUUUGUUCAAUUCAAAAGCCUCCCUAAUUGAAUCUUC